AUGAUCACUUUACAGGGAUUUCAAAAAAUUUACAAGCAAUUUUUUCCUCAAGGUGAUCCAUCUGAUUUUGCAUCAUUUGUCUUCAAAGUUUUCGAUGAAAAUAAGGAUGGAGCAAUUGAAUUUCAUGAGUUUAUUAAAGCUUUAUCAAUUACGUCACGUGGUAAUUUGGACGAAAAAUUACAUUGGGCUUUUAAAUUGUAUGAUUUGGAUAACGAUGGAUUUAUUACUCGCAAUGAAAUGUUAUCAAUUGUUGGAAGUAUAUAUAAAAUGGUUGGUUCAACAGUGAAACUGCCAGAGGAAGAGAAUACACCAGAAAAACGAGUAGAACGAAUCUUUAGAAUGAUGGAUAAAAAUAACGAUUCUCAGCUAACACUGGAAGAAUUUAAAGAAGGUGCUAAAGCUGAUCCAUCCAUCGUUCAUGCGCUGUCAUUGUAUGAAGGAUUAUCCAGUUGA